CUUUACUCCCAAACCACAACUCCUUUAAAAUACAUACAAUUGGAUUUACAACUGGUCUCCCGACAUCCAGAAAUUUUUUGAAUCAGGAUAUUUUAGAAGAAAAAAAAACAAACUCUCCUCAAUAACAUGGGACAAGAAAAUAUCUGUUUUUUGUCUGUUUGGAUAAUUUUGGGACAAAUCUUUGCAACUUUUUCGUCUGACCCUGAACUCACCACCACUGAGUUUGUGAACUCCACAGUCACCGCGACCCCCCUGCCAACCACUACAGAAUGGAUCACAGACUACACAGACAUUUUGACCAAGUUCUCUGUGCGCUCUUCGGAGACCCCAGAAGAUGACAUGUGCUACCUUGUCCCCGGACAGCCAGAAAGCAUCAAAGACUGUGAAUUCAAGUCAGAUGAGCAGACCUUCAUCGUGAUACACGGCUGGACGGUGACGGGGAUGUUCGAGAGCUGGGUGCCCAAGCUGGUGUCUGCUCUCUUCGAGCGUGUGCCCAGUGCCAAUGUGAUUGUGGUGGACUGGCUGACCCGUGCCAACCAGCACUACCCGACGUCUGCAGCCUACACCAAACUAGUGGGCCGUGAUGUGGCCAAGUUUGUAACAUGGAUACAAAAAGAGGCGCAGUUGCCCUGGGAGAACGUUCAUCUGCUGGGCUACAGCCUCGGAGCACAUGUGGCUGGGAUUGCUGGAGACCUCACCGACCAUAAAAUCAGCAGGAUCACAGGUCUGGAUCCUGCUGGUCCCACCUUUGAAUACGCAGACAACCAGAACACCCUGUCCAAAGAUGAUGCCCAGUUUGUGGAUGUCCUGCACACCAACACCAGGGGCUCCCCGGACCGCAGCAUCGGCAUCCAGAGACCCGUGGGCCACAUCGACAUUUACCCCAACGGAGGCACUUUCCAGCCGGGCUGUGACAUCCAGAACACACUGCUGGGGAUCGCACUGGAAGGCAUCAAGGGCCUCCAGAAUAUGGACCAGCUCGUCAAAUGUUCCCACGAGCGCUCCAUCCACCUGUUCAUCGACUCCCUGCUGAACAUCCAGCAGCAGAGCCUGGCCUACCGCUGCAACUCCAGAGAGACCUUCAGCAAGGGUAUGUGCCUCAGCUGCAGGAGGAACCGCUGCAACAAGAUCGGCUACAACAUCAACAAGGUCCGUCCGACCCGCAGCGCCAAGAUGUACCUGAAGACUCGUGAAGUGAUGCCUUACAAAGUUUUCCACUAUCAAGUGAAGAUGCAUUUCUUCAGUAAGGACCGACUGAGCUUCACCGAGCAGCCGAUGAAGAUUUCUCUGCAUGGAAUGCUCGGAGUGAAGGAGAACAUUCCCUUCGUCCUGCCCGUCCUGGAUGGUAACACCACUUUGUCCUUCCUUAUCACCACCGAUGUGGACGUCGGAGACCUGAUGAUUGUGAAGCUGCGCUGGGAGAAGGAUGCACUCAUCAGCUGGUCAGACUGGUGGGGUAGCAGCAGGUUCCACAUCCGAAAACUGCGCGUCAAGUCGGGGGAGACCCAGUCCAAAGUGAUCUUCAGUUCAAAGGACGGAGAGUUUGCCUACCUCGUCAGGGGCGGAGAAGAGGCAGUCUUUGUCAGGUCAAAAGAAGACAACAUGAGCCGUAAAGAGAAACUGCUGCACAAGCUGAAGAUGCAGGGCACUCUUUACGGGCAGAACAACUCUUGAAGUUGCACUUGAGCACACACUAUGCACAGCAUCCAUCCCCACACACAUAGCCAAAGAUGGAAAGCACACAGCAAAACUGGGAAAGCCUUUGCAAGUAACUGGACAUAUACCGAAUGCUGCAUUUCUUUUUUUUUUCUUCCUGUUGCGCCUCAUGACUUCAUCUCCCAGUGCAACCAACACAACCUCGUCCACAGUGCUGGAAAGCGGUUUUCUCACUCAAGAUCCCUCCUGUCUCUUUUCGCAUAUUCUGCUGCUGAAACCUUCAGUAACUUUUGCUGCAUAUAUUUGUAAUCAUUUCAUGCUUUUGUAGCCUACAUGUACUGUUUAUACUGAUUUUGAUGUAUUCUGAGCCCCUGAAGUGGUGUGUUUGCUUUGCCUUUGUGAACUUGGAUUAUUGUAUAAAUGAUUCAGAGUGAUAGGCACAUUUUAGGCACAUCUUUCUAUUUUAUUUUAUUUUAUUUUUUUAAUGUGCAAAAUGAAAAUUUUGUCCCUUAUGUUUGUCUUCACUGAACCACUAAUUGCCAACAAUUGACAGGGACCAAAGAAGUAUUUACUGUCUACUGAACGCUAGUCUGAGUGGGAGGAAGUUCGCUGCAAAGAUCAGCCUCUCAUUGGGCGGAAUGAGCCACCCGCUGAAGUCCCGCCCUACCACCUCCGGUUGCAGUUUUCAACACGUCCUUUACUAA